GACCAGUAGGGAGGAUGAGGAUCAUUAGUCCUCUGUUUUGUUUAAUAUCUCCAGUCACAGCGUAUACGCUAGUUCACGAGUUCUCUGGACAAACCUUCUUCAAUGGUUGGGAUUUUUUCGACGGCUAUGAUCCUACGACCUACGGAGACACCACUUACCUGAAUCAGGCUGAGGCGCAAGCCGCGCACUUAGCCUAUGUCGAUAGUAAUAGCGGGCAUGCCUUCAUACGAGUUGACAAUACGACGAACGUACCGGACCAGCAGAAACGCAAUACUAUCGAAAUCUUCACACACGAAUUCUACCCAGUCGGCAGCGUAUUCAUCCUAGAUGCCGUUCACAUACCCUGGGGGUGCUCCGUCUGGCCAUCGUUCUGGACGCGUGGCGAAAACUGGCCUUAUGGCGGGGAAAUUGACAUCAUCGAAUACGCGAAUCUCAUGGGCUUCAACCAAAUGGCGCUGCAUACCUCUGCAGGGUGUACCCACACGACACCGCAGUCUCAGGUCGGCCAGACGCUCGAGCCGAACUGCAACGCGACGUCUGGAGCUGGAUGUACCGUCGCCGAGAAGAAGCCCAACAGCUACGGCCCCGGCUUCGCCAGUGCCGGCGGAGGUGUCUGGGCCACGCAAUUCGACGUUUCGGGAAUCUACAUUUGGUUCUGGAGUCGUCCGGAUGUCCCGCCAAGUCUCAGUCUCGCGAAUACCACCAUAGACCCCGCAUCUUGGGGUCCUCCCUCCGCCUCAUACCCCGCGAGUAGUUGUGACAUCGGUUCGCACUUCGCGGCACAGCAGCUUGUGAUGGACAUACAGUUGUGUGGUGCUUUCGGGAAUCCGACGUACAACAACACAUGUGGACCAGGGAGCUGCUAUGAUUUGAGCGUGCGGGGCCCGGGCAGUCCGACGUACGACAAUGCCUACUUUGAGAUCUCGUACGUGCGUGUCUUCGGAACGGGGAACGCCACCUCCAGCAAUAGCAGUACCAGCACUACAGGGACUGCCACGGCGACCAAGUCAGGGUCCCCUACUGCUACACAUAGCGCACCUGCUUCUGGCGGCGACAAUACCUCCGGGUCCGCUCCGGGGUUAUCACAACCGUUUGCACUAUUCUCUGUUGUCGGCCUUCUUUUGCUGGGUUCAGCGGUGUUGUAGAACUUUGAAUGCGGGCGUUUGGAUUCGCGCCCACGGACUUCGACGAUUGCGUCAUUCGGUAUACCCUUGUCAAUGUUGUUGUGGAGCUUGCUGUUACAUCCUUGUUUUGUGUAGUUGUAGUCUAUAACGAGGCUAAUGAUCUAUU